AAUUCGUGCCUUUGGCCAGAUUGAAAUCAUGGCAGGUCCAGAAACUGAUGCCCAAUUCCAAUUCACUGGUAUUAAAAAAUAUUUCAACUCUUAUACUCUCACUGGUAGAAUGAAUUGUGUACUGGCUACAUAUGGAGGCAUUGCUUUGGCUGUCUUAUACUUCAAGCUAAGGUCUAAAAAAACUCCAGCUAUGAAAGCAACAUAAAUGGAUUCUAAAAUGUGUGACCUCAUCUGUUAAGUU